AUGGUAAGCUCCAAUUGUUCCACUGAGGACUCCUUUAAAUAUGUUUUGUAUGGGUAUGUCUUCAGCACAGUAUUUGUUCUUGGACUCAUAGCAAACUGUGCAGCAAUCUACAUUUUUACCUGUACCUUAAAAGUGCGAAAUGAGACUACAACUUACAUGCUUAAUUUAGCAAUAUCGGAUCUGCUUUUCGUGUUCACGUUACCCUUCAGGAUUUAUUACUUUGUAACCAGAAACUGGCCAUUUGGAGACAUUCUCUGCAGGAUUUCUGUCACUCUCUUUUAUACAAAUAUGUACGGGAGCAUUUUAUUUCUGACUUGCAUAAGCGUAGAUCGCUUUUUAGCUAUAGUGCACCCCUUCCGAUCCAAGACCCUGCGAACCAAAAGGAAUGCAAAAAUUGUCUGUGUGGCAGUGUGGAUAACGGUGUUAGCAGGCAGCACACCCGCAAGCUUCUUCCGGUCUACGAACGGCCGCAAUGAUACUCAACAGAGGACGUGCUUCGAAAACUUUUCAGAGGACACGUGGAAAACCUACCUGUCCCGGAUCGUCAUCUUCAUUGAAACAGUUGGGUUUUUUAUUCCACUCACCCUGAACGUGACCUGCUCUACUAUGGUCCUACGGACUUUGAAUAGACCACUUACAUUAAGCCGGAAUAAACUAAGCAAGAAAAAGGUACUCAAAAUGAUUUUUGUCCAUUUGGUGAUAUUCUGCUUCUGCUUUGUGCCUUAUAAUGUUACCUUAAUACUUUACUCCCUUAUGAGAACACAGACGUGGAUUAAUUGCUCAGUGGUAACUGCAGUCAGGACUAUGUACCCCAUCACUCUGUGCAUUGCUGUUUCAAACUGCUGCUUUGACCCUAUAGUCUAUUACUUCACAUCGGAUACAAUCCAAAAUUCAAUAAAAAAGAAUCGGUCCACGAGAUCACGGGACAUCAGAUUCUCUGAAAGGUCAGUUCCAGAAAGCUUCAUUCAACACAGCCUUCAGACCAUAAAGACAAAAAUAUUUGACAGUGACUCUACAAUAUAA